GUCCCUGGAAUGAGACCUCGGUGACUCUGCUACUAAUUUGGUGCACGUAACCUUGAAAGGUUGAGGCCUUUCUGUGACUCCUCCGCUCUGCAUAUAAAGGGUUGGGACCUUGAGGUUUUGGGACCAGGAGGCAGCCUCGUAACCCCCAGAGCUGUGGUGCUCGCCCUCCUUUCUACGUGAUCGCGAUCGAGGCAGCAGCAGCUCCAUCUCAAAGGGGAUGAACAGUCAGUACGCCCGCCGGGAGAUCUUCUGCCGGAACACCUGUCACGAGCUCAAGCGCUUCUGGGAACGGGAGAUUGGCAAGCAGACCUACUACCGGGAAUCCGAGGAGUAUCGCCUGGGACGGAGUGCCCUGAGAAAGCUCAGAGAGGAAUGGAGGCAGAGACUGGAAGCAAAGCUGAGGCUGCGGAACAAUCCAGAUGAGACAGAAAAGCGGGCAAACAUGGGCCGGGAGCUUCUCACUUCGCUGACACAAGAGGAUUCAAAGCACUAAGGUGGCUCUGCCAGUAGAAAUCAGUGCAAAUGCCCGAGUCCCUGAGCUAUGCCAGACAGAUGUCACACUACCCUGACCCGUGACAGAUUUACCCGCACGUCCUCCUCGAUGCCAAGUGGGCACUAUUAGCCAAGUCAGGCACCUCCACGUGGGGGCCAGGAUAUUAGCCUGAGUGCCUCUAAAGAUGAGAUUAGCAUCCAUGUAGCAUACUUUAUCUCCAUACAAUUACCUUCUAAUUUUCAAAUCUACAUAUUUUAAAUUCUAAGCACAUGCUGGGAGGGGGGUUGUCAGGGAAGGAUCUGAUCUUCAUGGUCACACUUUAACAUUGCCCACCAGUGUCAUUUCGCAUCUCUCCUAGAAAUAGUGUCUCAUGAUCCUUUCUCUUGUUUUCUUUUUGUGAGAAGAAAAAUGCUCCCAUCUGCAGAAAUAGCUAUACUGUAAAUAGUCAUAAAAACGUUUGUCAAGAAAUUGAUUUAAUAUUAUUUCUCCUUCAUGUGAAUUUAAUUGGCUUCCUCAAAGCCUGUUUGCCAAGAACCAUUCAAUCAGAUCAGGAUAAUUUUAAUAAAGCUUGGUUGCCUUGCCAC